ACGGCUGGAGGGAAGUGGCCAAGCUGUCCACUGCCCUGGUUUCUACCUUCCUGGCCAGGCUCCAUGCCUCUGUGGAUACAGUCAUGCCCUCACCCCUCCCCGCCUCUCUACUGAGAAGGGGUGGGGAGUACCGAGGCUCUUCCUGUCCUGGGACAGCAGCUGAGUAGCACACUGGGCUGAUAAGAACCCUGCGGCUACCUCUGCCUGUGGCUGGCACCAUGAAGGACGACGUGGCUCUUCUGGCUACAGUCACUCUCUUGGGAGUUCUGUUGCAAGCCUACUUCUCCCUGCAGGUGAUCUCUGCGAGAAGGGCUUUCCACGUGUCGCCGCCGCUCACCUCUGGCCCUCCCGAGUUCGAGCGCGUCUUCCGAGCCCAGGUAAACUGCAGCGAGUACUUCCCGCUGUUCCUCGCCGUGCUCUGGGUCGCCGGCAUCUUCUUCCACGAAGGCGCCGCAGCGGUGUGUGGACUGUUCUACCUGUUCGCGCGCUUCCGCUACUUCCAAGGUUACGCGCGCUCGGCACAGCUCAGGCUGGCUCCUCUGUACGCGAGCGCGCGCGCGCUCUGGCUGCUGGUGGCGAUGGCUACGCUGGGCUUGCUGCUACACUUCCUCCCAGGCACGCUACGGGAUGCGCUCUUCCGACGUCUCCAGGUGCUCCUGCCGAUGGCCUGAAGGCAUCAGAGGAGCUGGAGAAGACCUUAGAGCAAUAUGCUGGGGUGUCCACCUCCGAAUCCCAGUUUCUAAUUAAAGUUCCCACGACGGUCCUUUAUGCAUUCUCUGGGUCUGAGAGGGUCG